AACAGACACGCGAAGCUCCGUUUUCGAAUGUCAGUUGCAUUUGUUUAUUUUCAUCUGCUUAUCUUAAUGUAAAGCAGAUAGAUGAUUGCGUCACUCACGGACUAGACUUACUUUCACUUUGAGCUAUCUCGGUUCAUAUUUCACAGGGAAAUGGACCAUAAGGCAAAUGAUUUAUUCGCAAUAGGACUCGUGCGGUUUCUACCAUUCCCUCGUCGUAUUGUGAGGUAAAAAAAAGACAUUGUCAAAGCAGAAAUAACUUCUGCACUGCAAUCGUGCUGCCAUGGGUGGUUUCUUGAGUAUUGUGAGAAUAUUUACAUUCAGAACUAUUCGAUAUUUAUUUGGAUAUCGCAAGAAAAAUUUUAGCUUCUCUUUAAAAUCUGAAGAGCAACUUAUGUUGGAAUAUAACGAUUUGAAUGCAGUAAGUGCCAAAUAUUUUUAUAUUCAACUUCUAAAUGAAAUUAAGAAUGCCGUACUGUCUGAUGAUGUGGAAAAAUUUAAAACUUUGAACAGUGUGUUGAAUUAUGUUAUCGACUCUAAUAAUUCCGAAGUAAUGCAAAAAUAUCAACAAACCGCUAAAGAAAUUGUAGGUGAAAUAAACUUGAUAACUUUAGCUUGUAAAACUGCAGCGGGGAAAGUUUUGAAGUAUCUAUUUUCAGAUCAAAAUGUGAACUUUGUUUUACCUUUUCAAACUGAUAGAAGUGAGCUUUCACCAGAGCAAGAGGAUGAUGAGUCUCAUAAUGCUUUUUAUUAUGCUAUCCGCUCCAAUAUGACUGAACUGUUAGAAAUUUUGAUCCAUGAUUGGCCAAAUUCUUAUUUCAAAGACACUCAAAAACUUGAUGAUACACUUUCAAAGGUCUUCAAUGAGCUGUUGGUAAGAAAUGUACCUCUAACAAAAGACAUGGAAUUAUAUAUUAACAACAAAUUACUUGAUCUCCGAUUUUUUAAUGACAAUUCCUCUCAGCUAAAACCUCCCAUAAAUGCAAAAGAACUUUUGAUUAUUCGAAUUGAAUUUGUUCUCGAAAAAAUAGAUUUUGUUCUUACAAAUUAUUCAGAUGAUAAAAAUGAGUUGGAUGAGCAGUUUUUACUUGCCGCAAAAUUCAUCGCCCAAAAUAUCCAUAUUGCAAAAUCUCAAUUGAAUUUCACUUAUGAUAGAGUGCCUUGGGAAGAAAUGGAAUUCUGCCUAAUUAUUUUUAUUCGAUUUUGCUUAAAAGCGUUCCAGUUUGAGCCAUUGUACUAUUUCGUAUUAAACAAGAAGAGAUUGUUUUCUCACCUUGAAAAAUUUUCAAGGAGACUUGAGUGUGUGAAGGAAGAAUUAAAACUCAUCGACAUCAGUAAAGUGCCGGGAAAAAAAAUCUUUCGAAAGGAAGUUAUGGAAAAAGAAGAAAACAAACUCUUCAAGGACUUAUAUAGCGAUUUCACACAGAUCAGGGACUUGUACACCUUAGAAAAAAUAAAGAAUUACACGAAUAUAGCUUUAUCUGCUGAUCCUAAAAAUAAAGCAGGCCAUAUACUCAUUACUAGAGCCCUUCAAGUAGCAGGAGAACACUUCAACAAUACACCAACUUCACCUAAGCUCUCGGACACUACUGCUGAUUUUUUACUUUCGGUGUUGCCAAGAAAUGUGUCAGAUAUCAUCACGAGCCUGAGAAAUUCUUUGUCCCAUCUUGAAGCAUUUUGUCUGAGAUGCGAGAUUGAAGAGAAUGCCAACACCUUCUUCGUUAACAUACAGGCCGAUAUCGCCAAAAUCAGUGCAGCCAUCUCUGACAUUUUAUAUAGAAAAAAGAUAAACGUCAUUAUUACUCUGCUUAAUAGAAUGAUUAAUCACGAAAGUAUCAACAGCAGAAAAAUAUUUAUUGAGGAAAAUCACACUUCGGUGGCAUCAUUCAAAAAAGUUCUGGAAGAAACCAAACAUCUGAAUCUAGGAGAAAUCGGGCAGCUAGAAAAGCUGGUAAUAAAUCUUGAGGUAGAAUUCGAUAAGGAAAUAAGUUAUUCAAAGAAAAUGUUUCACAGACUUCACAACAUUAUUGAAGCCAGGAGUCCAAAAAUACCACAAAAUUCACCAAAUAUCUCAUGUGAGUUACAAGAUUCUCUUUUCUCAAAUGACACUAAAGAAAUAAUGAAUUUCCUGAAGCACGUACUAUUGAAUGCCAAUUCUACCUGGUUGUUAAAUGAAAAUAAAUAUUUUGUGACUGAUAAGGAAAUUGACAUGGAUAAAGUCAAUGGCAUUAUGGCAACUAUUUUUCUUAAAAACAAUUUAACAGAAAACAAAAUGAUUUUGAAUAGAAUCAAAGAGAGAGAUCUGGCAAUCAUGUGGAAAUUUUUUCCACAAUAUAAUGAUCUAUUACAAGAAUUGCCUGAUGAAAUGGAAAUGGCGAACUUUUGCAAGCCAGAAAAUGUAAGGAUGAUUAAAAAAUUAGUUUUGGAUGUCGAAACUGUUACUGAAAGCAAAUCUCAGUGUGAGAAAGAACGUUUUGACAAAAUUCUGAGUAUGAUCGCAGAUAAGAAGGUGAAAUUGAAAAUUGUGCACGAAGAACUGAGCGAAACUCUUAAAAACAGUUUUGGAAUGAUACAUACGGAAGAUGAAUACUAUUCCAGCUCAACAAUGAUGAGAGAUAUUUAUAACUUCCACAAAAAACUGGAGUCCCUCACGCAACAAAUGGAUUUAAAAUCGUUCUCAGAUGAUUUAUAUAUCAUCUGCCAAAGUAUUUCCACUCAAAUGCUGUUAGAAUUUGGCGCAAGAAGUGAAGCAUUAGAAAAAGCUCUAUUCGAUAUCGUUGAUUUUGUAAAGUUUCGCAUGGGUAACAUUAAAUGGAUCAAGGAAUUCAAGUAUAUGAUCCAUAGUAAAAAAGUAAAACCUUACACAUUUGCUAAAAAUGUUUACACUCUGAAACCUGAUUUUGCAAAGCAGUUGCCCCUCAAAAUUUCGCUACUGAGAAGUGUAUUAAAGAAUCAUAAUUUAGAAAGUGUAUCCAGCGAGAAAUUACAAAGAUGCUCCAAAAAUUUGGAAUUGCAAACUUUAAUAGAAAUGUUAGUAUUAGAUAUAUUGUCUGUAAUAGAAGGAUUACCAAAUCAACUUAAUCAUGUCAAUUUUUAUUUGGACUGUUAUUAUCCCACGGCUUACGGUAGAAAUUUACGAAAUCAUAUAGCUCAUGGGAAUGCUUUGGUUGAUAUGCUCUUGGGAGAAAAUUUUGCAAACAUUCUAUUGAAUGCACAAAAGAUUAUUGAAGUUAAAGAUAUUCUGCAAGAAAAACUUGGCAAAAAAGUGCAGAAUGACCCGAUUAAGUCAAAGAAAUCUAGUGAUAUAGAUUUAUCAGUUAUGAAAAAACAGAAACAGUUUUUCAUUGCUCUGGCGGUGGGACUUAACAAGAAAGAAGUGACAGAUUACAUCAGUGAAGGUGUUGAUAUUUAUGGCAGAGAUCUCAAUUCAAACACUGCCUUACACUUCGCUGCUAAAUCUCCAAAUCCUGAAAUUUUAAAAUUCUUGCUGACAUUCAAUCUAGAUGUAAAUGCGAAGAACGACAACCAUCAAACUGUUUUACAUGUUGCGGCAAAUUCAGGACGUGAAAGUAUUGUGAAAUAUUUGAUAGAGGAAAUGAAAAUGCCUGUCGAUGGUAAAGAUAUCAAUGGUAAAACGCCUUUGAGCAUUGCAUCUAAGAAAGGCCAUAAAGAUGUCGUCACGAUACUUUUGGAACAUAAGGCAGAUAUGUAUCUCAAGGAUGUGUUCGGAUAUGCUCCUCUUCAUUACGCUGUCUUGGAAAAUCAUUUUAACGUUGUCACUGUUCUUUUAGAGAAUGAAACAGAUGUGGACGCCAAUCAGACCUUCUAUGGGUUUACGGCCUUACAUCUAGCAGCUUCGAUGGGACAUUUAAAUUUAGUCAAUUGUUUGCUCGAAAAGAAGGUAGAUGUAAACUUCAAAUCCGAUAUGGAUUAUGUACCUUUGCAUUUUGCUGCAAGUGGAGGCCAUUUUGAAGUAGCUAAAUUGUUACUUAAAAAUGGAGCAAAUGUAAAUGCACAAAACGUACAAGGAUUAUCACCACUACAUUUAGCUGUAGAUCACGGUGAUGUGACAACAAUUUCUAUUCUGUUGCAGCACAAAGCAGAUGUAAAUGUCAUGUAUCUCGAUAGUUUUACACCUUUUUAUAUUGCAUCUGAGGAUGGUAAUAUUGCUGCUUCGAAAUUAUUGCUGGAAAAAGGAGCUAUUGUUGCCAAUCCAUCAGAAAAUGCAGCAUCUCCUCUGGAGGUCGCCGCUUAUUUCGGCCAUUUGGAACUUGUCAAAGAACUUCUGAAUGAUGCUGGUGAGAAUUCCAAGAUAUUAGCUUUGAUGCGAGCAGCUUCUAGAGGCCAUUUGGCUGUCGUUGAGUUAUUAUUAGACAGUGGGGUGGAUAUUAAAGCAAGGAGCCAUCAUGUUGAUUCUACUGCCCUUCACUUCGCCGCUGAAAAGGGACACUUGGGAACAGUUAAACUUCUGUUAGACAGGGAGGCGGAAAUAAAUGCUCAAGACGGCAAUGGUGACACCGCUCUGCAUUUGAGUUCCAGAAAAGAACAUAAAGAAGUUGUUCGAUUACUUAUAAAAAGGAAAGCUGAUAUUCUAAUCCAUGACAAAACAGACACUUUUCCAUUAGAAAUAAUUGUUAAGAAAGGAAUGACAGACUUACUUAUAAAAGAAAAAAUAGACGUUGAUUUUUCAUACACUAAUGAUAUAAGUCCUUUUCAUUUUGCAGCUUAUUAUGGAGAUAUCAACUUUGUGAAAUAUUGUGUUGAUAAUGGUUGUAAAGUAGAUAUUAAAACAGAAUUUGGUUCUACGGCAUUGCAUAUGGCUACUGUUGGUGGUCAUGAAGAAGUAAUAGAUUUUUUAUUAGAUAGUAAGGCUGAUAUUAAUGGGGAAGAUCAAAGUAGAUACUCUGCUUUAAAUCUUGCAGUCAGUGAAAAUAAUAGAAAAAUUCUAGAGCUGUUAAUCAAAAGAGGCGCAGAUUUGAGCACAGAGAAAGAAAGAAGUCUUUUUCUUUCCGCUGUUACGAAUGGACAUGAAGACAUUGUAGAUUUUUUCUUAUCGCGGAACCCUAAUAUCCUAACUGCUAAUGCAAAUAAAGAUGAAUAUCCUCUUCAUAGGGCUGUGAUAUUUGGUCAUGUUAGUGUUGUGAAAAAAAUGUUAGAUAAAGGCAAAAAAGACGAAAUGAAUCUUAUGGAUAAGAAUUUUAAAACGCCCCUUUUAAUAGCAGUAGAAAAAGAUCACUGUGAAAUCGCCCAGCUGUUGGUAUCGAAAGGUGCAGAUCCAGAUAUAUCAUCAAAAGAUGGCAACUUUCCCCUUCUGCUAGCCAUUGCAAGAGGAAAUACAAAAAUGGUGGAGAUCUUGUUAAAUGCAGGCGCCGACUAUCUCGUCAAGGAUGCCAAAGGGAAAAAUUCCAUCCAGUUAGCAAUUGAAUCAAAACAUUCAGAUAUUGUUGAAGUCCUAUUGCAAAUUCCCGAUAUCCACAAUAUUAAAGGUGAAAAGGAAUGUGGCAUGCUGCAUAUGGUUGCAUCUUCUGGCUCCUUAGAAGUAGUCGAGUUCUUGAUUAAAAAGAAUGCCAACAUGAAUUCUACUGACUCGUCUGGUGCUAAACCUAUACAUAUGGCUGCAAAAGAAGGGCAUAGAGAUGUUUUAGAAUAUUUUUUGAGUCUUGGGGUUUCGGUAGAUGAAAGAGGAGAAAAUGAUUGGACUUUAAUGCACUAUGCUGCAGCUGAAAAUCAUUCCGGUAUUUGCAAAUUUCUUGCCGAAAGAGGCGCAGAUGUGAAUGCCGUCAGCAAAGGUGGUACCACUCCUCUUCAUGUAGCAGCUGAAAAAGGAAAAUUAGAUGCUGUACUCACAUUACUGGAGAUUGGAGCCUUUUAUGACAGACGGGACGAGAAUAAUAGAACACCACUUGAAAUCACAGAAUGGAUGAAUACGCGUAUUAAAAUAUCUUUGAUAUUUGCAUCAAAUAUGAUUUCAGCUGUGCAAAGUAACAAUCGUUUCAAAUUGGUAGGUCUUCUUAUGGCUGGCUUAGACAUUUUAAAGUUUAACUUCGUUAACGUAAAAAAUGCAGAAAAUACUGCUUCUAUUCACUACGCUGCUUGGAAAGGUUAUGAAAGAAUUGUGAAUAUUUUGCUCAGGAACAAAGCAAAUCCAAAUUCACGAACAAAAAAUAACUGCACAGCUUUACAUUAUGCUGCCAAAUUUUCUCACUACGGGAUCGUCAAAGAUUUUCUGUGUAACGGCGCAAUCUUUGACGCCAUUAGUGCUAGCGGUAAAACUCCUCUUCAGUUCUCCUCGAAUGCCGAUGUUGUCACCAUCUUAGAAUUAUUGAAGAACACUUUCCUUAAAAUUGAAAACAAAGAUCGUUCGAUCCUGGAAGACUUGAAAGCAAUAAAAGACAUGGAUAUAGCAAAAGCAGUGGUGAGAGCUAAAAAUCUACAAGGUAGAACUAUGAUCAGUGUUGCAAUUCUCAACAAUCACCCAGAUAUCGAUGAUUUAAAAGAAAUUUUUCAAACAGAUGUGCUUGUUCCAUUAAAAAUGGCUGAGAAGCUUUAUAGGCACGGAAAUUACGAAGAAUCAUUCAAUUUAUACCAAGUAGUUUUACAGAAACGAGGUAGCAUUUUCCACCUGGAUGAUCCAGCAGUUUUGGAAAUUCAAAAACAACUUGCCUCGUUUCUUAUAUAUUACCAAGAUUAUAACGCAGCUUUAAGUUUAGCUCAGAAGGUUUACCAAACGCUGCACAAUAUUCUUGGUGACAGAAAUAAAGAAACACUGACAGCUCAGUGCCUCAUUGCAUUAACUUUAGAAUGCACUGGACAAGAACAACAAGCGUUAAAAAUCUACGAGGAUGUUUCGAAUAAGCAGAGAGAAGUAUUGGGGUUAAAUCACAAAGAGACUUUAGCAACUCUGACCAGUAUGGCUGAAUUGUUAUACAAAGAAAACGAAUUCGAAAUGGCUCUAAAAGUAAACGAAGAAAUUUUUAAAACACUGAACGAGUAUUAUGAAAUCAGUCCUUGGACUUUGAGAGUCCAGACUAAUAUUGCUAUGAUUCUGAGAAAACAAGAGAAAUUCACUGAAGCUCUAGAAACAUUCAGAAAUAUUUCGGAAGCAAAAGAAAAAUUAUUCGGCUCUAAUCAUCAAGAAACUUUGGGGACAUCAACCGAAAUCGCCGUCACACUACUUUGUAUGGGACAGGAAGAAGAGUCUUUGAAACUCCAUAGAAGAAAUGUAGAACUUCAAAUUGAAUUACUGGGACCUAGCCAUCUUGACACCUUGCGUACAAGGUUCAGCAUUGCUAACAUACUGUUUUCGCAAAGAAAAUUUUGUGAAGCUCUUGGUAUUUAUACAGAAGACUUAAAUGCAAGAAUAUCCAGAUUAGGCGCCAAACAUCCUUCCAUAGACAAGAUUCGGAAAAGAAUUGAAUUUAUAAAAAAUCACAUUAAGAAUCCCACAUUCUAAGAACUGAAAUAUGUUCUUCUGUUUCUCUAUGAAUGUUUAGGAGCUUUCUAAUUGGAGAAUUCAGAUUUCAUUUCUUUUGUGCUUCCCUCCUUCUGAUUUAAAAUGAGUUUUAAGAUUCUAUCACAGGAAACUUGAUUUUUGUGAAGCUCCUGGUAUUUAUGGAGAAGACUUAAAUGCAAGAAUAUUAAAAUUAGGUACCAGUCACCCUUCCAUUGAGAAGAUUCGAAAAAGAAUUAUAUAUAAUUUAUAAAAACGCACAUUAAGAAUCCCAUAUUCUAAAAAUUAAUAUAGGUUCUUCAAUUUCUUAGGAGUGUUCUAAUGAAAGAAUACAUAUUUCACUUCAGUGCUUCCUCCUGAUAUAAAACGAUUUUCAAAAUUCUAUCACAAACAACCUUGUCUUCAUAUCAAAAUCAAGAUAAGUAAAACAAAAUAGUGAAUAUAAUUAUUUUAUAAGUUUUUCAUCGGAAUUUUAGAAACAUCUGAUGAAAUAGAAUAUCACUUUUUUCUUUAGUUUUAAUUGUUGAUGUACAUUUUAAAAACUGAUUAUGAAGAAUCUGUUGAUCAAAAUAACUGAUAAAUGAAAACUUGAACUAAAUUACUUCGGAGAACAUGGGAUAUAACUGUGAUUAUAUAGAAUGCCAUUUUUCUUCUUCCAAUUUGAACUUUUAAUGCAUAUUUCAAUAACUGUAGCUAUAUACUUCUAUUAAAUCGAAGGAAAACCAAAUGAAAUAUCUUUAAAAUGAUGCUUCUGAUUGCCAUGCAUUAAAAUAAAUCAUUUUUAUAGAUUUUAUAAUUUCUGAUGAUAAGUGUUUAGUUUCUCAUCUUUAUUUUAUUAAUUUUUAAUCCAUAAAUAUUGAUGUUUUAGAUUUUAAAGCACAAUUAUUAUCAUUUUUUUUAUUUAUUAGUAGUAUAAGUAGGUG